GAAGAAUGUGAAGAAAAACAAAGGUGAUUAAUUUCAUUGUUAAGAUUUUCUUCAAAAUGGGUCAGUACUUGCAAUUCUUUCUUCAUUCAACACUGGUUCUCUCCCUCCUUUUUCCUUCAACCUGGGGGCGUAUUAGCAACAUGGAAUAUGAUGCUGUGCAAGCUCAAAAUGAUGCAAAGAUUAUCACAGUUGAUCAAUCAGGCAAAGGAGACUUCAGAACUAUCCAACAGGCAAUUGAUUCCGUUCCCCAAAACAAUAACGACUGGAUUAUAAUCAAGAUUAAUCCAGGAACUUAUAAGGAAAAGGUAAUAAUCCCUAGAGAAAAGCCAAAGAUCUUUCUACGUGGAGGUGGAGAAUCAAGAACAUCAACUAGAAUCCAAUUUUCAGAUGGUGGCAGUUCUACAGAAAGCGCCGUCCUUCAAGUGAAUGCAAACAAUUUCUUCUGUGCUGAUAUAGAAAUUAAGAACACUUACAACCUUCCCAAACAAUUUGAUGCAAAUGGAAAUCCGAAAACAUGGGCACCGGCCGUUCUACUAAACGCUGAUAUGGUAGCUUUCUUCCGAUGCAAUUUUCUCAGUUUACAAGACACAGUUUCAGAUAUACGAGGCCGUCACUACCUCGAAGAUUGCUUCAUGCAAGGUUCCGUAGAUUUUAUCUGGGGCAGUGGCCAAUCAGUGUACAAGGGAUGCAUGUUAAAGUCACUUGACUCUGGUUACAUGACGGCUCAAGGUAGAAGCAGCGCCUCCGAACCGACUGGAUUCGUGUUCAUUUCAUGUACAAUAACUGGCACAGGACCUGCAUAUCUCGGAAGGGCAUAUAGACCAUAUUCAAGAGUUAUCUUUUACGACACAUAUAUGGAAAAUAUCAUUCAACCAGAGGGUUGGUCUGCUUGGGGGAGUGUCGGCAAAGAAGAUUCGAUCACUUAUGCAGAAGAGAAUUGCAGAGGACCAGGUGCAAACAAGUCGAAACGCGUAAAAUGGAUGAAGCAUCUAAGAGGGAAGGAUUUGGGCUUCUUUACAGAUGUAAACACUUAUCUAGGAGGAAACUGGAUGUACCAACUGCCUAAUUAAAGCUUCUAUCUUACUAGGAUUUUUACCCCAUUAUUCUUUCAGCAUUUUUACCCUAUUCUUCCAUACACAAAAUAAUGCAUUUCAGUUCCGCGUUUAUAAAAAUGGUGUAGGUGU